AUGUCUGCAGCAAGUCAACGCCUUACUCAGGUCUCUGGCCACCUUGCUGGCUCGCAAAGCAAGAUCUCACCUAGUGGAGGAAACGGAGGUCGAGCCCAACUUCUGCAAAAGAACCCGGAUGAUAUUGUUGUUACAGCAUGCCUCCGAACAGCGUUUACCAAGGGCGGCAAGGGCGGUUUCAAGGACACAGCUGCGGCAGAUAUGCUAGUCGGCGCAUUCAAAUCUCUCAUCGAGCGCUCGAAGAUUGACCCUGCGCUGGUGGAAGAUAUCGCUGUCGGCUCUGUUCUGCCACCAGGUGGUGGUGCGACGGAAUUCAGAGCUGCUGCUCUAGCAGCGGGAUUCCCAGUCUCUGCUGCAGUUAGGAGUUUGAACAGACAGUGCUCGUCUGGUCUACAAGCUUGCGUAGAUAUUGCGAAUUCGAUCAGCUCCGGCAUGAUUGAGGUCGGCGUUGGAGCUGGCGUUGAGAGCAUGAGCUUGCAAUAUGGGCCCGGUGCCGUUACUGAAUUCUCCGAACUUCUCGAAUCACACCCCGAAUCUGCGAACUGUAAAGUCCCUAUGGGUGUCCUCUCCGAGCAGAUGGCCAAGGACCGUGGCGUGAGCCGGAAGGUCCAAGAUGCAUUUGCUGCCAACUCAUACCAGAAGGCUCUCAAGGCACAAGAAGCUGGCCUCUUUGACGAGGAAAUUGCACCUCUGAAAGUCAAAUGGGAAGAUCCAAAGACUGGCGAGACCAAGGAGAUCACUGUCGCUAAAGACGAUGGUGUUCGCCCUGGUAUCACAGCCGAGAGCUUGGGCAAGAUCAAGCCUGCUUUCGCUAAAGAUGGCUCCAUCCAUGCCGGAAAUGCCAGUCAGAUCUCUGAUGGCGCUGCUGCUGUCCUACUCAUGAAGCGUUCCACUGCUGAGCGUCUUGGACAGACUAUCAUCGGUAAAUACGUCGCUGCUUCAGUAGCUGGUGUUGCUCCUCUGCUAAUGGGUAUCGGCCCAUGGGCUGCUAUUCCUAAGGUCUUUGAGAAGACUGGCAUCAACAAGGAUGAUGUUGAUAUUUUCGAGAUCAACGAGGCUUUUGCUUCUCAAUGUGUUUGGUGCGCAAACGAGUUGGGUAUUGAUGAGAACAAGAUCAACCCGAAGGGUGGAGCUAUUGCCUUUGGACAUCCACUUGGAUGCACUGGCGCCAGACAGGUCAGUACGCUACUUUAUGAGUUGAGGAGGACGGGCCAAAAGGUUGGCGUCACGAGCAUGUGUGUCGGCACCGGCAUGGGAAUGGCGGCUGUUUGGGUUGCGGAAUAG